ACAGCAGCAUCAUCAACAGCAACAUCAGCAGAAGGUUCAGCAGCAGCAGCAUCAGCAGAAGUAGUAGCAGCAGCAGCAGCAUCAGCAGAAGUAGUAGCAGCAGCAGCAGCAGUAGUGCUGGAGGAGCUCUGUCAAUGUCGGACUUUCACGAGCUUGCUCGGGAGCGAUCCAAAACCGUCACCUCCUUCUACAACCAGUCAGCCAUUGACGCAGCAGCUGAGAAGCCGUCCGUGCGUCUCACCCCCACCACCAUGCUCUACUCUGGAAAGGCUCCUGAUGGCAGUCAUAUCUUGAAGAGCGCCCGGUACCUGCGGAAGGAGAUGCCGGUCCGCAUUGCGCACCGCAUCAAGGAGUUCCGCAGCCUGCCCUUCAUCAUCGGGUGCAACCCAAACAUCCUCCACGUGCAUGAGCUGUACAUCCGGGCGUUCCACCUCGUCACAGAAUCUCCCGCGAUUGUGGGUGUUGACGAGGAGCUCCGAUUCUGCCGCAUCUUGAAGCAGCUGCUGGACGACCACAAGGACGUCGUGACGCAGCUCGCCGAGGGCUUCCGCGAGUGCCGCAAGCACAUCCGCGACGAGGCUCUGGUGAGGACGUUUCUAGACAAGACGCUCACCUCCAGACUCGGCAUGCGUAUGCUGGCUGCUCACCACAUUGCCCUGCACGAGGACAAGCCCCACUUUGUGGGCAUCAUCUGCACCCAGCUCUCCCCACGCCGCUCUGUGGAGCGUUGGGUCGACUUCUCCCGCCGGGUGUGCGAGCACAAAUACGGUGCCGCUCCUCUGGUGCGCGUCAACGGUCACGUGGCAGUGAGGUUCCCCUACCUGGCCACGCCGCUAGACUACAUCCUGCCUGAGCUGCUCAAGAACGCCAUGCGGGCCACGAUGGAGUCCCACCUGGACUCUCCCUACAACGUGCCGGACGUUGUGGUCACCAUCGCCAACAACCCCAGAGACUUCAUCAUCCGGGUCUCCGACAGAGGUGGAGGGAUCCCUCACGAUAUCGAGCGGAGGGUCAUGGACUAUCACUUCUCCACGGCCGAGAACAGUGCCCAGGACCCGCGGCUCAGCGGUUUGCUGGACAACAUGAUGGACGUCGCCAACAACUCGCAGUCCGGGCCGAUGCACGGGUUUGGCUUUGGGCUGCCCACGUCUCGAGCCUACGCCGAGUAUCUGGGCGGCUCGCUGGCUGUGCAGGCCAUGCAGGGCAUCGGCACCGAUGUCUACCUGCGGCUGCGUCAUAUCGACGGGCAGGCCGAGAGCUUCCGCAUUUAGACACACGAGUACUCGCUCACGUACUCGUUCGCUCGCUCGCUCACGUACUCGCUUACGUACUCGCUCGCUCGCUCGCUCGCUCGCUCACGUACUCGUUCGCUCGCUCACGUACU